GGUGGUUGCCAAACCAUUAACGCAGAGUUGCCUACUGCACGCGAGUCAUCUUUCGUUCCCUUACCUAACUACUGGUGUAUGACUGGUUGUGUUAAAUUUAGUGAACACGUAAUUGAGGUUUCGCUGUCAGGUAUUCCGUCACUUGUAAGGGGUGUGGUAGGUAACGUUAGGUGCCUUUAUCUAUUUUUCUUAUGUGUUUUGUGCGUUAAUUUAUAUAUCAGCAAUGGCAGGUGCGAGUAAAGAAAAAACUGAAUCAAUAAUUCGAAAGAGAAUCGGUGGAACAAGUAUUUUAAGUGUAUUGUAUAGUUUUGCGAAGAAAAUCGGCACAGUUGCAAUGGUGUAUUUAAUUGGGUAUUUCGAGUGGAGUGCUGCAUGGUUAAUUGGUCCUGUGAUACUGUCUGUGAUCCGUGAUGAAUGGAAGAAGGACAAGGAACUGAGAAGAAAUAUUGCCAAAGCAGCAGCAAUGUGUAAUGAAAAAGAAGUCAUACUAGCCCGAGUUGAUGAUUUACCGUCAUGGGUAUUUUUUCCAGACGUAGAAAGAGUAGAAUGGCUUAACAGGAUCCUGCGUCAGGUCUGGCCAAACGUGAAUCAUUAUGCCAAGACAUUAAUCAAAGAAACAAUUGAACCAAAUGUGCGCGUCAGUCUGGAAGCAUAUAAACUCUAUGGAUUUCGAUUUGAAAGGGUGAUCCUUGGCAGUAUUCCUCUAAGAAUUGGAGGUGUCAAAGUAUAUGACCGCAAUGUGUCACGCAAUGAGAUCAUCUUGGACAUGGAUGUCUUCUAUGCUGGUGAUUGUGAUAUAUCUUUCACAAUUGGAGGCAUCAAGGGAGGCAUCAAAGAUUUCCAGAUUCAUGGAAUGAUGCGUGUGGUAAUGAAACCUCUUAUCACAUCAAUGCCAUUGGUGGGUGGCCUUCAAGUGUUUUUCCUCAACAAUCCAACUAUUGACUUCAAUUUGGUUGGCAUGGCAGAUCUUUUGGAUAUGCCAGGUCUAAGUGACAUUCUGCGCCGUAUCAUUGUGGAACAGGUAGCUAACAUGAUGGUGCUGCCCAAUAAGUUACCCAUUAGACUAAGUGAUGAAGUUCCUGCAACAGUUCUAAAGGUGCCACAACCAGAGGGUGUGUUACGUGUACAUGUUGUGGAAGCAAAGCAGCUGAUGAAAAUGGACAUUGGUGUUCUGCGUAAGGGCAAAUCUGAUCCAUAUGCUAUCAUCUCAGUGGGAGCCCAGCAGUUCCGUACCAAGACAAUUGACAAUACUGUGAAUCCAAAAUGGGACUUCUGGUGUGAGGCGGUGAUAUCUUCUCACAAAGGUCAAGGGGUGACCUUAGAAGUGUGGGACUGGGACCCAGGCUUUCCCGGCGUACAAAACGACGAUUAUCUUGGAAGAGCAACUGUGGAUGUGAGUGGUGUAGCCAAGAAAGGACAAGUUGAUUUGUGGAUGACAUUGGAAGGCGUUAAAAGUGGUAUGGUCCACUUGCGUAUGACUUGGCUGACUCUCAGCUCAUCUUUUGAGGAUCUUAAAGCAGCAAUAGCCGAGACACAGCUGUUGCGGCUUACUAAUAUGAGCACAGCAUUGCUAAUGGUGUUUAUUGAUUCAGCAAAAAAUUUGCCUAAUGCCCGUCCAUUAAAGAAGCCUGAUCCAUAUGCUCAGCUAACUGUAGGGAAGCAGCAAGAGACAACCACUGUUCUUUUUCGGACUGAAGAUCCUGUGUGGGAACAAGGUUUUACAUUCCUAGUGAACAACCCAGACUCAGACACUUUGCGUAUAAAGGUAAUUGAUCAGAAGACUACACGGGAAAUUGGCUACUUUGUGUAUGAUCUGAUAUCCCUUGUUGACAAACCAGACUUACAAGUGGUUAGUCAGCCAUAUCGCCUUAUAACAUCUGGGCCAGACAGUAAGAUCAAUCUGUCUCUGCAAAUGAGGAUACUGAAAUUUGAAGGAUCAAAAGAAGGGGUCACUGAGGAUGAUGAUGAAGUUGAAGAAGGAGACAGUCUGUUGAAAACACAGGAGGAGUCACCACUGGUACAAGGAGACUCAGUCAAGAAGCCUGAUUCACCCUUAAGUACAAGAGAGAAAGAAGCACCUUCAGAACCAGGCUCUCCUGUGAGAAUCUCAAAGCAAGAAUCGAAGGACUCAUUACAGAGUGCCCCAUCCAUUUCAUAUCAGCAGCCAGCUGAGGAUUUGAUGACAUUGUCUAAGGCACCCCCAGGUGUAGAUAGUCCCCCCACUGGAGAUCUUAGAAACCGUACACCAAGCAGUACAUCGUCAACAGGUGAAGCAGGUUUGGGUCGCAUUCAGCUGACACUUCGCUACAGUGUUCAACGCCAGAGGCUUGUUGUGGUAGUGCACAAAGUUGCUAACCUGCCUUUGAGGGACCCGACAAAUAUACCAGAUCCCUAUGUGAAGCUAUAUCUUUUGCCUGAAAGGGCAAAGGACUCUAAACGCAAGACAGAGACAAUGAAAGACAACUGUAAUCCAGUAUAUGAUGAAACAUUUGAGUAUAUCCUGUCUCAAGGGGAGCUGAACUCUCGGCAAUUGGAAGUGUCUGUUGUUACUCGUAAAGGAUGGUUCUCAUCGCAGAGUCCUGUCAUGGGUCAGGUGGUUGUGAACCUGGGAGAACAGGACCUGUCAAAGGCUAUCACAUCCUGGUUUGACUUACAGCCUGAGAGUCCCAAGGAUGUAUAAACUUCACUGACUCAAUUUACUCGUCUUGUGCUUGCACAUUGUGUAGACUAUGUUCUUCCUUGCAUUUUAUUUUCCUGCCAUUUGUGCAGGGAUCUCUCUUGUUUGUAUUUGAUGCAUUUUGAUGUCUUUAUAAGUCAAUUGAUGGCUAGAAGUGCAAGCCCAAUUACAGAAGGAAAUAAAAUAUUCAGCUAUUUGCAUGAGUGCUUUCCAUAGGUGCAGCUUAAAAAAAGUUAAAGGCAGCAAGACAUGGAUAUAAUUAAUUUAUAUUAUUUUGUUGGCAGCACAGUUUGUGAUUGAAUUAGGUUAAUCAAAAAAUAAUAUGAUUUCAGUCCUGCAGACUACUGCAUUGUACUUCCGAAAUAUGUUUACUAGUAUUCUAAAUUGUUAAUCAGAGGCUCAUAUGUUUUGCAUACUAAACUUACAUUUCUAUCAGAGUUAAAGUAUUUGUAAUGUUAAAAUAAUUUGGAUAUGUAUAUUGUGUAUCAUAGGAAAAAAGUUCUGUUUGAAAUAAUUAUAGUACCAUGUUAAAUGAUUCUGUAAAAGUUUUGCAUUUUUUGUGCUGUGGGAAAGUUUUUAUAUUUUUAGAAAAUUAGGUGUGAACGUUACUACCUAGAAUUUCAGUGAUUUAGUGGUUACCUCCAAAGAAGUCCUUACUUCAGAAGAAAAAUAGCUGCAUAUUGUUGUGAAAGAUUGUAUAUUUAAUUGGUGAUAGUAAUAGCAUUUCUAUGGAGAAUAUUUUUAUGUGUAUAAAAAUAAUUGGAAGAGUGCAAAUGUUUUAUAUUAUUUCUUUUCCUGUUUUUCUUUCUUUCAUUGUAUAUCUGUACUAGUUGCAGAAAGACCUAUGUAAUUGUCUGACAUAAGAGAAUUAAGAAAACCAUUUCCGAAAUUUGACCGAGUUAAAGGAGUAGCCAGGGCUUUCUUCUACUCCAUGAUUUACUCUGUGAUUUUGUAAACCAUGUUUGCUAUUUUUUUAAUUGUACUAUGACAGCAAAUUGCAUUUAACACAUGUCCCUUUAUGCUGAAAGUUUAAAGAUUUGUUAUAAAUAAGAUUUUGGUAUGAAGUGAUGUUUAUUAUGGGAUACAUUGAAACAAAAGUCCUUGCUUGUUGUUGUAACAUAAAUUAUUUGUUGUUAUGAACAGUUUAAAGGUGACUGAGGCCAUUAAAUGUAAAUGAAUCAGCGUAUACAUGUUAAUAUAAUUGGCACUCUUUCAAGAUUUCAGUUGUAUACAAUGUCAGUGGUUUUUGAAAUUUACAGAAUUCAUGAGUGUUCCUGAAGUUCUGCCACUAAAUUGUAUUUUGAAGUUGUGUCACUUUGUAACUCAGCUAAUGCAAGAUUUUGUAGUGAUAUUGGACCUGCUCUGACCAGAUUUUCUAUUGAACCAUGUAACCUUGCUUUCAAGCAUGAGAUUGAAAAUUUGCACUUUGUAUGUUUAAUUUAUAACAUUAUCAUUUGUAUUGAAAUAUUUUAAAAAAUGAUCUGUGCUGUUAUUAAAUGGAUUCUCAUAUACACAACAAAACAAGUAAUUAAUUUAUCUUUUUAAUUUGUAUUAUUAACACAAAUAUUUUAUGCUCUUUUAAAUCUGUUUUUCAAUAUACCUGCCAUAUUGAAGAAUACUGAUCAGUAGAGGUUACCAAUGAAAACAUGGUCACAGUGGAAGUAUGAACUUUUGUACAUGGUGAAAUUAUGUUUCUGAAUUCAAUUAGAAGCUGCACAUCCUAACUGAUUUAUAUUUCAUGCUUUUCAUGCAGAUAAUCUUUUGUAGAAGGUACAUGAUAAACAUCUGUAAGAAUAGUGACUGAUUUUAUGCAUUGCUUUUCACACAUUAAUGUAAUACUUUUAUUAAUAUUUAAUGUGUAAUUACUGGUGGGUAUAAUAAUUAACAGUUCUGCAAAAUACGGUUAUUGUAUAACAUUUUAGAAUGACAUGAAUAAAUUCUGAAUGUUGCAUGAAGGA